AUGGAGGACGUAACGGUUGUUGACGAUUCGCAAGAGAACGAAUGCGAGCAGAUCUUCGAAACCACACAUAGUCGUACCUCAGACGGCCGUUAUAUUGUACGGUUACCCCUGCAACGAAAUGCAACGGAACUUGGUGACUCGUACACACUUGCAGUACGGCAGUUUCAUAGAUUGGAGCGUCGCAUGGUUGCAGAUCCAGUUCUUAGAGAAAAGUACAUUACAUUUAUGAAAGAGUACGCCGCACUUGGGCAUAUGGAAUUGGUACAAUCACCCUACGAUCACAUCAUGCGGUCACAACGAAAUUCCGCGUGGUGUUCAACGCUUCGGCACCUACCAGCACUGGAGUCUCACUCAACGACACAACUGGUUGGUCCAACGCUUCAGGAUUCUCUUAGUAGUAUACUUUUACGUUUUCGACGCUAUCGAGUGGCGAUAACUGCGGACAUCGAGAAAAUGUUCCGGCAAGUGUUGAUUGCACCUGAACAUCGCGAUUAUCAAACGAAUCAUCUGGAGAGACAAGCUGCACUUGCUCGAACGGCGAUAUUAACCUCGUUUUAUGUUGAUGACUUUCUAACCAGUUGUGAAAGCGCUACAGAUGCAGUAGAACUAGCAACAAACGUGAAUGCCAUUCUCUCUGCAGGGCAGUUCACCUUGAGAAAAUGGAAUUCGAACGAUAGUCAGGUGAUGAAGUGCUUAGCUAAUGAAUCAUCUCUUUCUAGUUACAUCUUCCAUUCUGGUACGGCUUCCGUUUUGGGCCUACGAUGGGACGCAUUGACGGAUCAGUUGUUCUUUGGUGUCGAUCUCAGUCAGACAGGAGAGAUACCUACGAAACGCCGAGUACUCAGCGAAGUAGCGCGGCUCUUUGAUCCUACUGGAUUGUUGGCGCCUGUGGUUGUAACUGGGAAAAUAUUUAUUCAGCGGCUGUGGUCUGCGGGCCUAUCUUGGGACACACCGUUACCUGAUGAUCUUUGUCGCGAGUGGCUGAAGUAUAGAUCACUGCUUCCAGAACUCAAUCAAGUUCGCAUCGGAGGGUGGAUAGGUAUGACUCCACAUGUUCCAACAUCGCUUCAUGGCUUUUGCGAUGCUAGCGUACACGCAUACGCAGCUGUGAUCUACACAAGGACGUCUUGCUCCAACGAUUCGGUACGUUUCACACUUCUGACGGCACGCACCAAGGUGGCACCACUCAAGGCCGCUACUAUACCACGCCUGGAACUUUCGGCAGUACUACUACUGGCUGAGACACUUCAAAACGUGCGAGAUGCAAUGGGUUUGGCUGAUGUUCCCUACUAUCUGUGGUCAGAUUCUGCGAUUGUAUUGUGUUAG